UGUUAUCUAUCGUCGUUUUUGCUCUUUCUUUGUUUGUUCUCAGGCCCUCGGCAUCGCAGGUCUCUAACCCCCAUCCAAAAUUUUGGAGAUUUCAUUUCUGUGUUCCCUCAUGAAUCUACCUCAUUUACGAACAUCUAUCUCUCUAAAUCCUGUGAAUCAUCACAAUCGGUUAUUCUCGCCGGUGACAUGCUAUUUCCGACGCCAAACACCUCCGAAGCAACCAAUGUCGCCGCAAAUAAUCCCAGCAAGAGACAGAGUCAUAGAUUUUGGAAAAUACAAAGGCAAGAUGCUAGGAAGCCUCCCGUCCAGCUACCUCAAAUGGGUCUCGAAGAAUUUGCGCGCACGCGACUUCGAGGAGUGGGCAAAGUUAGCAGACCAAGUUCUGCAAGACCCAACUUACAAAGACCGAAUCGAGUGGGAGUUCGCAGAGAAUGUGUUGAACGGUAAUCGAUCCAGGGCCGUGUCUUCUCCGAGAGCCGGUGACAUCAGUCCUGUUUCCGAACUGUUAGAGAUAAGCGAGAGGUUCGGUUGGGACAACAAUGACAAGGCCGGUUGGGGCAAAAUCAACUUCGAGCUUCUUGGAACGUCCAAGGGUGGUAGAAUUCCGAGAAUAGAGAGAAAGGAAGAGGGAGGCGAUGAGACGAUGAUGAAACAGAGAGAGCGAAGGUUGGAGGUUCAAUCGGAAGUCGCAGAGAGGAGGAAGGAGAGAAGAGAGAGGCAGAAGAAGAAGACGAAGACAAGGGAGGAGGGUCGAAUUCCGAGAGUGUGGCAGGAAACUGAGAGAAGUAACACGGCAAUGAAGGAAGAGAAGAGAGCUAGCUUUGUAAAUGGAAUCGACGGUGAUAGUGACGGCGACGGCGUAAUAUAUCGGUCCCAGAUAGAGACGGAGCGCAACGGCAAUCCUUUCCCUGGACGAGAAGCCCUUCUGAGGAAGGUGGCAAACGGCCGACGAUUUACUCCCUAACUCGCGAAGUCGUAAAUUCGUAAUUUUCCGGUUAGCUUUAGUGGCCUGUAGGGCAUGUGCGGUAAAAGGAACUGGUUAGCAUGAAAAGUGCAAGGAAACAGAAAGGAAUGAAACAGAAAAUUUCUUAGUGGUACAUGUGUGGGAAGUGC